AUUUAGUGUCUUCAUUAGCAAACUACUGCUUUAGUCGUUUCCCAAAGAUAAUCCUAUUAAAUUAAAAUGAAUAAAUUUAUCAUUAUUGCCACCAUUGCUUCACUAGCGUGUGUUGCCCACGGAGCCAUUAGCCACGGUACUCACGCAGAGACACUGAAGCAUAACAGCCAACUGAACCAGGAUGGCAGCUACAAACACGACUACUCCACUUCCAAUGGUAUUAGCGCUCAAGAAGAAGGCUACGGUGGUCAUCAUGCCAGCGGCGGUUUUGCUUACUACUCACCUGAAGGUGAACUGAUUCAGCUCUCCUAUUUGGCUGAUGAGAACGGCUUCAAACCGCAAGGCAGUCACUUGCCCACACCUCCACCAAUUCCACCACAAAUCCUCAAGUCUUUGGAAUAUAUUCGCCUUCACCCAUAUGAUGAGGAAGCUGCUCAUCAUAAGCAACAACACCAGCAACAACACCAGCAACAGCAACAACGUCCACAGCAACAAUUCCAUCAUGUGGCGGCACCAAGCCAUCAAGUGAAGAACUUGCGUCGCCCAGCUCAACGCAGACACUUUUAAGAAACCAAAAGACGAAUAGUUAUUUUUAAUAAUGGACAAGUUCCUACAUCAAGGCUCAAAGCAUUGCAUUGUACAUAUUAUUCCUAAUAUCAAUAAAUACUAUUGUCCAACGAAAA